AUGAGAUUGGAUCGAGGCAAGAGGACGUUUGCGGCAAAUCUUGAAAUGGAUCAAUUUGAAGAGCGACAUCCAUAUAUAGUCAACACUGCAAAAAUGGAUGGUAAGCAAAUAAAUAAUUCGGAUAUUCUUCUCCUGAAUGAUCGUCAACAACUGCACAUUGAAUCUGCAACUGAAGAGGAUGCUGGUCGAUAUUCGUGUGUUGCCGAAAACAAACCUGGUCGGGUAGAGAAAGACCUCAUUGUGGCUGUAUUAAAGCCACCUCUGAUGGAAGAUUAUCAACGAUCAUUUGAAGUGCCUGAGAACGAUACGCAUACGUUGAUAUGCCCAAUCAACGAUCCAUCUGUUGGAAUACAGUGGUCGAAAAACGGUGUUCCGAUCACAACGUCGAAUAAUCUUCAGUUGUCAACCAGCGGUCACAAGUUGCACAUAAUGCGUGGGCAGGUAACAGAUGGGGGUCGCUAUACAUGCCGUGCUUGGAAUGAGGCUGGUGAGGCUACGUCCAGUAUGGAUGUCAUUAUUUUAGGUGUCUGGAUUUAUGCUGGCGAUGCCAAAUUGUUGUAUGCAGUUCCCACUUCUGCUUUUGCUGUCGUGACCUAG